AUGGGAAAACCGGUACUGUUGCCGAAAGUACGAGCCCUCAUUGGCAGAAAUACCAUCAGAUCAUGUGACUAUGUAACCCAUUUUGUUCUUUUCAGAAGCCUUGCCCAGUCAUUUUCAGGGUUUAAUAGAAGUAAUAGACAAACCACUUGUAAAACAGCAAACUCGAAUACCUGCAUUCUUCCUCCAUAUCCUGAACACGGGACAUAUGAAGUGGCACAUUUCCCAGAUGCUCAACCUAGCCAAUCCCUACCCAUAUUUCUCCUGAUUGUUAGAUGCCGUAGAGAGUAUGGGGUUGUUGAUCCAUACGCUGAUAGUAAUGGCACUAAGCAAGUAUAUGGAGAAUGGUACCAGAAAAUGCCUAAAUGUGUUCAUUCUAUCACCAAUUUCACUAUAGCAAUCAAUUUCACCAAAGCAAAUAAUUUACGUCUGAAGUCACAGAAAAACCAGUACAGCCUUGGAUUGAAUCCAACAGACUGCUGCUUAGGGAUCGACAAAAUCACUAAAGACGAUCAGACAUUCUCCUUUAAUGGACAUCUCCACGUACCCUGGCUAGCAGCCACAUAUACAGUCAAUGAAUCCAGCACGUCUGAAGUUCCGAUGUACAUCUGUGGAGGCACUUUAAUUUCGGACCGAUAUUUCGUGACCGUUGCGUAUGCUCUCCAGGAAACUUCUGGGUACACUCUGAAGGUUGUACUAGGAGGCAACGUAAAGACCUGGACUAAUGAAAGUUCCAUCGUCAGACAAGAGUGUGGAAUUCAGCACUUAUGUACAACCGGCCUGUCUUUGGAGUUGAAAGUGAUAUAUCAAAAAUGUACAGAAUAUUUGGACUUUUUGCAGGCUGGGGUGGGGAAGCUCGAAGUCCCUCGGCAACCCCCACCACUUCCGAAUGCAGAUUGCAGCAAUGCCUGCCAGUUGAAAAAAAAAUAA